AUGGGACGAAUUCCUUGCUGUGAGAAGGAGAAUGUGAAAAGGGGUCAAUGGACUCCCGAAGAAGAUCAAAAGCUUUCGUCCUAUAUCGCUCAACAUGGGAUUCGUAACUGGCGCCUCAUCCCCAAGCAUGCCGGUCUUCAGAGGUGCGGCAAAAGCUGUAGACUACGAUGGGCGAACUACCUUCGUCCCGAUCUUAAACACGGCGAAUUCACAGAGGCAGAAGAACAGACUAUCGUCACGCUUCAUUCAGUUCUUGGAAACCGAUGGUCCGUUAUUGCUGCUCAGUUGCCAGGACGCACAGACAAUGAUGUUAAAAAUCACUGGAACACCAAGCUGAAGAAAAAGCUUUCACGAAUGGGAAUUGAUCCAGUUACUCACAAGCCGUUCACCCACCUUAUAAAUGAAAUAGUCACCACCCUUUCAUCCCAACAAGUCCCACAUUUAGCUGAAGCCGCUCUCGGGUGCUUCAAGGAUGAAAUGCUCCACUUUCAGCUGCAACAAUAUUCCCCGGAAGCUCCUGUAAACACAUCCACUUGUGUUAAACACGAGGAUAAAGAUGUGAUAAUUGAGAAGACCGAGGCCAUAAAAGAAUCCGACAUGCUACCUAUAAACAAGCCGUGGGACUACACUGGAGCAAUGUCUACAAAUUUUUCAGGAACGUUCAAUUCUUUUCCAGCAUCAGACUCUGGUUUUCACUAUGGCCUCACGUCGUUCAAUUCUUUUCCAGCAUCAGACUCUGGAUUUCACUAUUGCCUCACGUCGCCUGGUAAUGGAUCUCCAUGGAGUCAAAGUAUGUGUACAGGAAGCACAUGCACAGCAAGAGACCAGCAAGGCCGCUUGCACGAGAAACUCGAGGAUGAAAAUGGUAAAGACUCAGGAGGUAGAAAAGAAACACGAGACAGUUCCAUCAUUUUUAAUUCAGAAUGUGUUUUAUGGGAUGUACCAUCAGAUGAUCUGAUCAAUCCCGCCAUUUAA